UUCAGACUGAAGCAAAAGGAGCGAGGGGGAGGUAAACAAGAUGGCGGUUACCGGAUUGCAGCUGCAUCAGGAAUAGCAAACCUCACAUUUUUGCAGAGAAACACAAAUAAAACACUACAACGGAAUGCUACGUAACUUACAGGAUAUAUUUUUUAAUACAGUCUGAAAGUCUGGAUGUGUAGGUUCCCAAGAGGAAAAAUUGACAACUGAGAAAAUUUAGUGGACGCACCAGAACGGUUAACAAAAGAAUCAAGGAUCCUGAGAAGGAAUAACAUGAACUAUACAAAAGACAGAAAUGACUAAUUUUGGUUUGUGCUUUUUGGUGCCCUGCUCUCUCUGAGGUAGAGACCAUGGAUCGCUACAAGGACCUUUGGCCAAAAUGCUUUGCUUGGCUUUAAAACAGGACCUGUUACCUCUGCCUGUCGUCGUCUCAUAUCAGAACACAGAGAAGGUGACAUGGAGCUUGGCAGCGGAAUGUAAUCUCGGUCAGACAUCCCGCUUUCUAUUAAGUAGCACCUGUCACACGGUCUGAACUCCCCACAAAUCUUUUCAAUCUGGACCUUGUCCUCAUUCGGUCUUAGCUAACUAUCCUACACCUCUCUAGAAACCGUUAGUCUGCAGCUUCACUAGAACCGAAACAAGCCUCUUGGUGUUUACAGACCUACUCUAUACCAAUUGAAACCGUUUCAGUUGCGCCACCUCAGAUGCACCACCUCCCAUGUCCCUUAGUGUUUUCUAAUUGAAUUGUAUCCCUUAGGCACCAGGAUACACAGCCUAGGUCAAAAGGCUACAGGUCACAAUAUAGUGCAUUAGACUGCCUCGAGCUUACUGCCGGGAACUAGGUCGUAACUCGGCCGAUUUAAACAUGAGUGUCGGGGAGCUGCAGCACCUGGAUUAUCUGACUGAGAAUGAGCUGAUGGGCAUGGACACGUUCAUCCACCGCAUCGACUCCACCGAGGUCAUCUACCAGCCGCGCCGGAAGAGGGCCAAGCUGAUUGGGAAGUAUCUGAUGGGCGACCUGCUUGGCGAGGGCUCCUACGGGAAGGUGAAGGAGAUGCUGGACUCUGACACGCUGUGUCGCAGGGCUGUCAAGAUCCUCAAAAAGAAAAAGCUCCGGAGGAUUCCGAACGGAGAGGCCAACGUCAAGAAAGAAAUCCAGCUUCUACGGAGACUCCAGCACAAAAAUGUGAUCCAUCUGGUGGAUGUGUUGUACAACGAAGAGAAGCAGAAAAUGUAUAUGGUGAUGGAGUAUUGUGUAUGUGGGAUGCAAGAAAUGCUGGACAGCGUCCCAGAGAAAAGGUUUCCAGUAUUUCAAGCUCACGGGUACUUUUUACAGCUGUUAGAUGGCCUUGAAUAUUUGCACAGCCAGGGAAUCGUUCAUAAAGACAUUAAACCAGGGAAUCUGCUGCUGACUACCGACGGGGCACUUAAGAUCUCUGACCUGGGUGUGGCAGAGGCUCUGCACCCAUUUGCGGAGGACGACACGUGUCGUACAAGUCAGGGCUCACCGGCGUUCCAGCCCCCUGAAAUCGCCAACGGCCUGGACACCUUUUCAGGGUUCAAAGUGGACAUCUGGUCUGCAGGUGUCACACUAUACAACAUUACGACGAGUCUAUAUCCGUUUGAAGGGGACAACAUCUAUAAGCUAUUUGAGAACAUUGGGAAAGGAGAUUACAGUGUUCCAGAGGAGUGUGGGCCCGCCCUGUCAGACCUGCUGCAAGGAAUGCUUGAAUAUGAUCCUGUCAAGAGGUUUUCGAUACAGCAUAUAAGGCAACACAACUGGGUACGUAAAAAACACCCACCAACAGAGCCCCCAGUGCCCAUCCCGGCCAGCGCAGAGAGCCGGGAUGUGUGGCGCAGCAUGACCGUGGUGCCCUACCUGGAGGACCUGCAUGGUUACAGCGAGGAGAAUGAAGAUGACUUCUACAACCCAGAGGAUGAAAUCAUCUACACUCAGGACUUCACCAUGCCUGGGCAGGUGCCUGAGGACUUUGAUGAGGCCGAGUUGGCUGAGAGCCGGGCCCAGGCCAAGCCUGUGUGUGUCAACGGGACAGAGAGCAAGCCCAAGCCGGAGCGCAGGUCUUCCUCCUCUUCCAACCCCUCCCGUAAAGGAGUAUCCACAGCCAGCAAGAUACGCAAGCUCUCCACCUGCAAACAGCAAUGACCCCCCACCUCAACUAUCCAGCUGGUGAGAAGAGGUUGAUCUUUUCCCGUCCUUCUGUGUUUGGAGUCCUUGGUGAGAGAAGCCUGCUGACGUUAUGACCCGUGUUUCCUCCUGAACCAUUACAGUACUGUAGGCUACAAACUCUACGUGCAUGCCCGUGGAGAGAGAGAGGGGAAGAGAGGCUGCUCAGAAACUGUACCCUGGCAGGUCUUGGUGUGAAGUAGUCCUUUCUGCUUCAGUUCCCUCUGCGGAAUAGUUUUCUUUUGCUCCCCCAUCUUCCCUUCUCGGGCCGUCUCAGAGGGGGCGUGGCCCGGCUGUGUGAGACCCCCUUUGUUUUAGUUAUUUUUUUAGACAACCUUUACUUGACAGAACCUACCUGCAGUUAUUAAGACCCAUACGGAUGUGGUGAUAAAGAAUACCUAUAUAUUUAAAUGGAUGAUGCUAUAGAUACCCAUGAUAAACUGUAUUCUGUACGCUGAGAAAGGGAAUCUACUCUGUCAAGGACACAUGGACUGAAACCUUGACUUCCACUGGUGAUGUGAUGGGAGGGGGUUUAUCGUUUUGUUUUCCAUUUCUGUUUUGUUCCUUUUUUUCCAAUAAAUAUUUUUUUAAUUAUUAUUUAUAUAAAACACGUCCCAACCAAACCUGA